CACUUCGUGGAGUGCACUUUUUAUUCUGUACUCGAGCACGCAGCCACUCUCAAUUGUCGGCUGUUUGCACGUACACGAUUGAAGAUCUGUGACUCGGCCGAUGCAGAAUAGAGAAACCGCGUGGUCUCGCUAGAACAUUAAUGGUAAUCGGUCAGUACGUCGCGAGCGAGGAUUGUUGUUGUUGUUGUUGUUGAUCGAUCCCCCCGGCUCGCCGGUUGUCAAAGUCACCGGAUACACGGAGAAAAUCGCGAUCGUAUCGGUUACGAACGGACGACGAAUAUCGAAAAUCACUGGGACGGUGUGUAGUGGUGGAAACAGUGGUGGUGGAAGAUACGAAGCAGACGGGUGUGCGACGAAAGAGGGUUGUUAUGGGGCGAAGCUGUCGUCUGCUGGUACUUUCGCUGCUGCAUUCGCUGGCUAUAUUCGGCUACCUCGCGGCGGCUGAUCAUUUCUCCACCGACAGCAAGCCUUGUUCUUUAAGGCAAUUUCAAUGUGCAAAUGGUAAAUGUAUACCUGUUUCGUGGGUCUGCGACUCGCACGACGACUGUUUAGACAAUUCCGAUGAAACCUUCGAGGAAUGCAAAGGUCGCAUGUGCAACUCGUCGGACUUCAAGUGCUCGAACAACAGGUGCAUACCCGAGAGAUGGGUGUGCGACGGAGACGAGGACUGCGCCGAUGGCGGCGACGAAGACCCCCAGGUUUGCAAGACGCUGACUUGCACGGCGGAACAGUUCACGUGUCACUUGGGAAAAAAGACGCAAUGCGUGCCACUAACAUGGAUGUGCGACAGCCAGCCGGACUGUGAAGACGAUUCCGACGAGGCUGAGUGCAACUACACCUGUCGAUCCGACCAGUUCACAUGCACGAAUAAGAAAUGCAUCCAGCAAUUGUACGUUUGCGAUAACGACGACGACUGCGGGGAUGGCAGCGACGAAGUGGAUUGCGCGCCAGUCACGUGCGACCCGAAAACGCAGUUCACUUGCUCGGAGAAUUACUGCAUAAGUUCCCAAUGGAGGUGCGACGGCGAGUUCGAUUGUCCGAACCACUCCGACGAGGUCGAUUGCAAGGAAACCCCCAGCACCAAACGGCCAAGCCACUGCAGCAAGACGGAAUUCGAUUGCGGGAACGACGUCACUUGUAUACACCAGAGCUGGGUUUGCGAUGGCGCGAAGGAUUGUCCAAACGGAGUAGACGAGUCGCCGGAACGGUGUCACAAUGUCAUGUGCAGACUCGACGAGUUCCAAUGCGAGGAUCGUCGUACUUGCAUACCAGGUCACUUGUAUUGCAACGGCGAAGCGGAAUGCUCGGACGGCAGCGACGAGAAGAAUUGCACGUCGAAAGCGGUCGUCUGUGAUCCCGCGACUCAAUUCGAAUGCAGGGAGGGUUCCUGUAUCCCCAUCUCCAGCGUGUGCGAUAAAAGACCAGAUUGCCUCGGUUGGGAGGACGAAAAGAUCGAGCUUUGCGGUGUAAACGAAUGCUUGAAAAACAACGGCGGAUGCUCGCAAAUAUGCAUCGACUUGCCCAUCGGUUUUCGUUGCGAGUGUGGCGCAGGGUACCAGUUAAUUGAUAAUCAAACGUGCGAUGAUAUAAACGAAUGUCUAAAGCCAGGCAGCUGUUCCCAAUACUGUUUGAACGAGAAGGGUACCUUCAAAUGCAGCUGUGCUCGGGGCUAUCUCAGAGACCCUAGGAAUCAUACUCGUUGCAAAGCAGCAGAAGGUCACGCGAGUCUUCUAUUUACCAGACGGCACGACAUCAGAAAGGUAGCUCUGGACCGCCAAGAGAUGACGGAAAUAGUAAACAACACAAAAAUGGCUGCAGCCUUGGAUUUUGUAUUCCGCACGGGUAUGAUCUUCUGGAGCGACAUAAUCGAGAAGAAGAUCUACAAAGCCCCGAUUGACGAAGGCAACGAGCGCACUGUUGUCAUCGAUGACGGUUUGACGACGUCGGAUGGACUUGCCGUUGACUGGAUAUACAGUCAUAUUUAUUGGACAGACUCGAGGAAGAAUACUAUAGAAUUGGCCAACUUCGAAGGCAACAUGAGAAAGACCCUUAUAUGGGACUGUAUACAGGAACCCAGAGCGAUUGCUCUGAAUCCGGUUGAUGGCUGGAUGUAUUGGACCGAUUGGAGCGCCGAAGCUCGUAUCGAGAGAGCUGGCAUGGACGGCUCCCGUCGAAGGGCAAUCGUCGAGGACGGCCUGAAAUGGCCGAAUGGCUUGACUCUGGAUUUAAUAGGCAGGAAGAUAUAUUGGGUGGACGCGAAGUUGAACAUAAUUGGAUCGUGUAAUUACGAUGGCUCGGGUAGACGAACGGUUCUUUACUCGCCCAGCGAAUUGAGGCAUCCUUACAGUAUUACCACGUUCGAGGAUUACGUGUAUUGGACCGACUGGGACAAGGAAACGAUAUUUAAAGCAAAUAAAUUUACUGGAAAGGACGUCGAAGCUGUCACUUCUGUUCGAUCACUGCAACAUCCUAUGGUUGUCCACGUGUACCAUCCGUACAGACAACCCGAUGGAAUGAACCAAUGCCAAGCCGUGAAUGGCCACUGUAGUCACUUGUGCUUACCCGCGCCAGUAAUUAACACGAAAUCCCCGCUUAUUAGUUGUGCUUGUCCGGAUGGCCUAACACUGUUACCUGAUGGUUUAAUGUGCGUUGAAAAGGUAACUACAACAGUAGCACCCACAACGCAAGAAAUUAGUAAACCGUUCAAGAGACUUGAAACCGUCAACGUUACUACCACGACUAUCAACCCAUCACACUCCACAGAUGGGGAUGGAAAAGAUAGUCUCACGACCGAGUCGGCGGAUGCUGGUUUAGUAGCUGGUAUAGUGAUAGGCGUGGCAUCCUUAGGGCUGUUACUCCUUGCAUUAGGAGCAGUAUUAUGUUACAGGCAUUAUCUUCAUCGUAACGUCACGAGUAUGAAUUUCGAUAAUCCUGUGUAUAGGAAAACCACGGAAGAUCAGUUCAGUCUGGAGAAAAAUAGGUUUCCACUCCCCACUGCUACAGUUGGAGAAGAGGCUCAGGAACCUUUAACGAGUCCUGGAACAAAUGAUUACGUUUAAGAGUCAAUCUGUCAAUGAAACGGGCUUAGCAGGCUAUUGAAAUAAUAUCGACCAAGUAACAAAAAUCAUGUAAAAAGCGAUGGAGCACAUCAACGUCGAGUCUUGUCCGGUACACCUGCGUUUGCCCACCUGCCUGCCAACUCAGCUGUGAUUAUGUUUACUUUUUUGUUUUUGUACUGUGCCUAUUUCUUUAUAAAUUUUACGCAUCUCGCCAUUCAACUAUAUUAUACGCAACAUUUAGAUUUGGCUCCGAGACAUAAAGGGAGAAAUGUCUAGGUGAACUACAAUUGUUGCCAAAUAAGCGUUCAAGCGUCAGUUUUCUCAAGUAGUUAAAUAAGAUACCACAAUUCCUACUUUAUAACGUUCUAUUUCCGUUUUGCAUGCGUAACAUGUAAUAUAGUGCUAUUUAUCAUUCUAAUGUGGGGUCACGUCGCAUCUACGUUUAAAUUUAUACAAAUAUAUAUACAUAUAUAGAAUAUUUUUAUCUACAUGUAAGAUCUUUAACUUGUUAUUGUUUCGAUAUUUAUUCUUUAAGGAUAUACUUCUUUUGAGUAUAGUUUUCGGUUAGAUACUUAGAUACUGUUACAUUAUUGAAAUCACAUGUAUAUAACACACAAAUUCAGAAUGUAUCAUAGAUAUAAUUUUAAAAAUCAUUAGCAACCAAUAUUGAAUUAUCGGAAACGUUACAAAAUCCUUUGUGACUUUGUUAAAUUAUUUAUAAUGCGUCUUAAUGUAUAUCGUAAAAUAUUACAUAGUGCCAAAAAAUUAAAACAAAAAAAACGUCCCGGAAAUUUUUGGAUUUUCUCGUAUUUAUAGCGAUUGUGAAAUUUCUGUCCUGAAUCAUCGUAAAAACUUUUUUUCUGAUAUUGUAUAGAUUUAAGAGUACCGACACUUAUAUUCAAACCCAGUAAUAGUUCAAAGGGUGGCAUUCGAGCAUGUAAACGUGUAACUCAUUUUUGUACAUGAAAAUAGAUUUCUCCUUUUAUGUCGCUAACGCGAUACACAAGCAGACAGAGUGCUUUUGGUCACGUUUACAGAAUUUUUUAACAGCUGCCUGUGUUUUACACAGAUAGCUCAUAUCAUAGUAAAUUCACUUUGCUCACAGAUAUUUCUGUUAAUGUUAUAAAUGUAACGAAAUAGUUAGUUUGAAAAACCAAUUAGAUGUAAUAAGAUCAGCUCAAUGACACUAAGUGUGACUGUGUGUCUGUUAAAGUAAAACUGUUGUUUAGGUAUUUCAACUCACUAAAAGGAAAAAAAAAAAUCAGUGUAUAUGUAUAGAACUAUUGCCACGGGCUUAAGAGUUUUACUUAUUAUAUACUUUAUGAUUAUUGUACUAAAUAAUUAAAUGUGAGACAGACGUUCUUCUAGAUAAGGUUAUUAAGAAGUAUAAUAAUAUUAGGACGAACUAAGAGUUGUGUAUAUUAAUAAGUAGCAAAAUGUUUGUUCGUAAUUUUAAGUAAGAAAAUUUCGAAAUGUAAAACAUUCAAAUUGCCUGUGAGAAAAUCAUUUGUCAUGUAAAAAAUAUAUAUGAUUUAACCUAUAUUCGCCGAUGUCCUCCGACAGAAUGUUCUCUGCUGAUUUUAGGUUAAUGAUUUAUGAUAUCUGUUUAUCGAUAACAUUUAAAUGAAAGUUUGCUACUUCUUAAUAAAGCACACACUCUUACCUACGAGUGGAAGAAAGCAAAGCCCAAACUUAAAAUAUAGAGGCUCGGUGGUGAUUUUAAUCAAAAAGAUAGCAAGAGUGUGGUGAGUAUCAGUUGCAAUUAAUUGUGUGAGUCACAGGGCAUAAUUUAGCCAAUCUAUUCGCCAAAAUCGUGUCAAACAUUAUUUCUAUGCAAUAUAUAUUAUCACUACACACGCAUAAUAUAAAUAUAUAUUAUAUAUAUAAUUUAUUAUAAUGAUUAUUGUAUAAAUAAAUAUACAAAAUAAAUCACA